UAUUUAUAGGCAACAAAAGGGAAGCGACGGUGCGCGUGCGUGACGAACUGACGACCGCGAGGAGGCAGGGAGGAGGACGACGUGCGACGAAAACGAUGGCGAGGACCACGACCAUGCGCGUGGCGACGGUGUGCAUGCUUCUGCUGCUGCUCGUCUCGACGGCCACGGCCACGGCGACGGAGCGCCCCCAGCGCCGGGACCUGGCGGAAGAGGGCACGAGCCCGGCGGCGGCGACCCCGGGUGCCGACGGCGCCCCGGCCGACAAGGAACCCCCGGAAGGCCACCUCGGCUUCCGCGUCGUCACGGGCCUCAUCGAGAAGGCUACCGGCAAGAGCGCCCGUCUGGACCUGGAGCAGGAGGAGAAAGUUCAUUAGCCAUUUUCGGUCCGUUUUGUUGUCGACAAGGAGCUGGCGGUGGAUUAUUGCUGGCACGCAGCCGUCAACAAAAAGAUGCGAUCACGCACUGUCUGCAUGAAUAUCUUAAUGUACUUCUGCCAAAUGAUAAACAUCUAAUCUCUCUCCAUAUAAUAUAAAUAAAGAAAUCCUCUCAGAUAGUCUCUGGUGUAAGAGCCCCUGCAAAUGAUCUGUUGUUUCCCUGUUGUUCACAAUAUUCCCAAAGAGAUUGGUUUUCUCCAUUUCCUACCUGUUUAGAGCAGUUAGAGAAAACACUUUAGCUAUAUGCAAAUCACCCGAUUUCUAAAUUUGAGUAAGUCAGUUUCUUGA